AUGCUCCGCCGCGUCGGUCUAGCCAAGCGUGUUUUGACAACCAACAGGCACUAUUCCACCCGGUUUGGCUACGCGCACAGCCGGUGCCUUGUCUUUUCGGACUUUGGUCAACCAGAAAAGGUUUUAAAGUGGGUAGCAAGCCCUCCCCUUUGUAUGAACCCCAUAGAAGGGGUGUACCCUGAAAAGCCAGAAUUCACGUUGGAACUAGGAACCGGUGGCAAGAGUGCAGUUCCAGGGAAUGAAGGUCUUGUCGAGAUUGUAUCAUGCGGGUCCAAGGUUAACCCUUCUAUCCGGCCUGGCCAAUGGGCGAUAAUGUCGGGCCCAAACUUCGGCACUUGGAGAACGUAUGCUCAAGCUAGAGAAGCCAAUUUAAUAAUGAUACCCGACAAAGAGGGAAUAUCUCCUGUACAGGCUGCUACGAUCUCGGUGAAUCCUUCGACGGCAUAUCGUAUGCUCAAUGAUUUCGCAGGACUAGAACCCGGGGACUAUUUUGUUCAAAACGCUGCCAAUAGUGGAGUCGGAAGAUCCGCUAUUCAGAUUGGUAGGCUAUGGGGCCUCAAGAGUAUCAAUAUUGUCAGGGACCGCCCUGGAAUUCAAAAACUAAAGGAGGAGCUUAGGUCCCUGGGCGGCACCGAAGUCAUCACAGAAGCUGAGGCCAAAGAUAGAAGAAGUAUGGCCAAAAUGACGGGAGGGCAACCAGUUAAAUUAGCACUUAAUUGUGUUGGUGGUGAAUCUGCAACAAACCUGGCUCGGAUUCUGGGGCAAAAUGGCCACCUUGUUACAUACGGUGCGAUGUCAAAGCUACCAUUCUCAGUACCCGCCAGUGCAUUGAUUUUUAAGAACAUCCAUUGCCAUGGAUUUUGGAUAUCGGCAUGGUCAAAGGGAAACGAGGCAGUUAAGUCUCAAAUGAUCAUAGACAUCCUUGGCUGGAUUCGUGAUGGGAAAUUUCGAGACAUCCCUUAUGAAAUAACUAAAUGGUCAGAAGCUACUGGGUUGGAAACCUUGAUGGAGCCGGUCAAAAGGGGGAUAUCAGAGUACAGUGGGAGGAAAGGAAUAUUCUUGAUGGAAGACGACUGA